GACGUAAUUUAAAAGACUGUCUCAUUGUUUAGAUGAACUACCACUGUCCAUUUCAGACAUAUUUAUAUGCUGCUUUCUAGGUGAGGAAGGUAACCUCAACAAAGUACCUUAUGUGAGACCACUCAACCCACCUCCCAACAGUAUUUUCCCACUUGAAAAAAAGUAAAAUAAGGAAGCUCUGCAUAGAGCAGUAACAUUACAUUAUUGCCACCCAUUCUUCACUUGAACUCAAUAAAAGGGUAUAAUCACCAUAAAGAUGAGAUAGUAAGAGCACUCACUCUGUAUACUUCAUGGAAGAUUAUCAAAAACUUAGGGUCCACCCUGCGGAAGUGGAAGCACCGCCGCGACGAACAGCUCCAUUGGUAGCUCCAGGUUCCUCAAGAUCAGAAAUGGGUAGUUCGGCACGGCGGCAGUACCAUCCGCCAUUGCGACAUGCUAUGCCAGCAAUACACUCAACACCACCUAAAAGAGGCUGCUUUUGCAAUUGCAUAUGCUGGAUACUAAGCUUGCUUGUCCUCCUGGUCAUUAUAUUGGCAGCAACUGCAGUAAUUCUUUACCUAGUCUUCAAGCCAAAACUUCCAAGUUAUUCAAUUGACAGCCUGAUGGUAAGUGAUCUAAGGCUUAAUUUUGACAUGACCUUGUAUGCGAAGUUUGAUGUGAAGAUCACAGCAAACAACCCAAACAAGAAGAUUGGUAUUUACUAUGAGGAAGGAGGAAGGUUGCGUGUGCGGUACACAAACACUGAGCUUUGUGAAGGGUCACUGCCCCAGUUCUACCAAGGUCAUCAAAACAAAACAGUGCUCAAUGUAUCCUUGACUGGCCAAGUGCAGUCUGGAAGCACCUUAAUGAAGGCACUGCAGGAACAACAACAGACAGGACGCAUUCCAUUGGAUCUGAAGAUUCAUGCACCAGUAGCUAUCAAACUUGGGAUGUUGAAGCUGAGGAAGGUUAGAAUCUUGGGCGAGUGCCUUUUGGUGGUAGAUAGCUUAUCAUCUAAUAAUCAGAUAAGCAUCAAGGCUAGCAACUGUAAAUUCAAGCUGAAACCUUAAUUGGAUGAUGGAUCCUAUAGAUGCAGAAUCUCAUAUCACUUUUUUGAGGGAUUGGAAGAUUUAUUCUUUAAUAAAUAAUAAACUUCUAUAGUUGCAGUGCCUUACAAUAUUUUUCAUCAUUAUUUGUCUCUAAUCUAACAAAGCAUUAGCCCCUAGGCAAAUUUCUACUUACUCUGAACACUUGGGUUAAGAUUAAGCUUUUAUUAUCUGAAUCAGUUAAUCCUUAUGUAUUGGUUAGAAUAAGCUUUAACAUGCAGACUUUAUCCAUGUCCUACAAACAACCCAGUAUAGAGUUGAUUGCCAAAGUCUCAUUUUUUUAUUUUUUUAAAUACUAAAGCCAGUACAUUAAACACUGAGAAGUACAAUUUCACCAGAAAUCCGUUUCAAAAGAGCCAUUAGAUAAUGGUUUCUCAAUGUAAAAUGCAGGGAAGGAGUUGAGAAAAGGAUAUUUUUAAAAGUUUCUUUUCUGGUUUUUCAUUUUUAUGAAGUAUCAAAAAUGGAGGGGAGGAAUUGAAAUAGACCGGGCUGCUUCCUGAAUCAAAUAUGAGAUUCCAUUUGCCAAGUUACUCUGACAGUGCAAAAGCUCUAAGGUAGAAAAGACAUGAUGAUUGCAGAACAAAUGCAAAAGUUCUAGCCCGUAUGAUUGACUCUUGAACACAUACAUUCUCAUUCCAAUAAAUGUUUUAAGGUGAAAUAUCAAAGUUGCCAGAUCAUGAAAAGUUCAUAAUUAGCAAAGCCAAUCCAAGGUUAUUUUCGUUAAGCAAAAUUAAAAUUGCUAUGGAAGAAGAUAAAACUUUAAAUAAUCUUUUAUCUCUUGAUCUCAAGUAAUAAGACAAAAUAUUGUGAGGC